ACUUAUCGACAGUCGUGUCGUCGUUGUCUCGGGCUGUGUUACUGGGUGGGCAUAAAAAGUUUUCAAUUUUAAUACUAUUUCGCAUUGAUUAAUUGCUUUAUGAUAUAACUACGACGACUGCAACAUAUACAAAUUGCGGUUGCGCUUGCAAUGCAAGCACAUUUCUUUUGGAGGACUACAAAACAAAAUAACUAAAAAGACUGAACACAACGAUUUCUAAUCACUCGAAAGGCUUUCUACCACAAACCACGAAGUAACAUCACACACACAUACACAUACAGUGUGGAACAGCCACUGCGGAAAAACACACGCACACACACACAUAUCACACAGAAGGAAAAAGAAAAUAAAAAGUGUGCCAAAGCCAGCUCGCCCGUAAGCCACACUGCCGAAUUCAUCAGCAUAAGAGAAAAAAUAAGAAUUAGAAUACAGCAUACGGAAUACAGAAGAGCAAAGCGGAUCAGAGCGAUACACAUACAUACAAACAUAUUAACUAAUUGGCUGGCCGCUAGGCGACUGUAGUGAAUAUUGAUGCACACAGAGGGCGCUGCUGAGCAGAGGCAAGAGGCCGUGUUUUUCCGAGUUUUGCUUUGGACAACGACGACGACAACCAAUAAUCAUUUUUUAGAAUGAACGGCAAGACGCCCGUGACUAGUGGCGCAUCCAGCCUUGAUUUAUAUGUGACGCACUUGGAUCACGUUGGACCCUAUUUGAAGCUAUAUGGGCAGGCCAAUCGGGAUGCCGCCUUUUUGAUCAGCACGCGCAUCGAGACGCUGCUGCCCACCUGCUUUGCCAUAGACCCAAGUUGGUCAAAUGAACGCCAACAGGCCCUGCUCACACCUGGCACCUUUUGUGUAUUCAAGCGAACAAAUGGCGCUGCACCUGGCGAUGUGGAAUAUAUGCGAACGCGUGUGCUCAGUGCUGGGCUCGAUGACAAACAGUUGAGCAAUCGCAAUAGCAGCAGCGGCAACAGCAGUGGCAGCAGCAGUCAAAUGCGGGUUGAGAUUGAGUUUCUAGAUUAUGGCUACAAGCGAAAUGUGAGCAGCCACGAUCUGCUCUUCUCGAAACAGCCGCAGCUGCUGCAAAAUGUGCCUGUGCUCUGUUCGCAGUACAUUGUGCUGGGCAUUUGCUCGGAAUGGGACCAAACUGAACUGGAUACUGUGAAACAGCUGAUGGUUAACCAUGUGGUCAGCAUUGAGGUGGAUCCCACACAGAUCUGUGGUCAAAAGUUUGCCAGCGUACGCUGGAAAGAUUUCGAGCUAAACGAAUUUCUAGUGCAGCAGAAGCAAAUCGGUGCACCGAUUGCCAAGGAGCUGAUCAUGGAUCAUUGCAAGAAACUGUGGAAGGCCCAGGCGCAAUCGCCCAUCGUUGAGUACAACAAUAAUAGCAUACAGAGUACGGGCAAUGAUCCCAAUAAAACGCCAACGGACGUGGCACGUGAACAGAUCGCAGCACGCUUCUCACUCGCAGCUCGACUGGACGUGCAUCGCACGCUGGGCACAACGCCGCCGCGGCCGCUGAGAACAGCCGCACCAGCAGUCACUGAGUUUACACCAAUCAAGCAGCCGCCACAGCAGCCCCAGGUGCAGUUGCCACCUAAAGUGGUGAUACCUACGCCAUUAGCCAAUUUGACAAAUGUCAUGGCAAAUCCCGUCCAGGCGGCGUCAACAGCUGCUCACCUAGUCAAUGCUCAGAAGGCGGCCGUUUAUGCUGCGGCCAAUCAUCCAUACAAUCAACACAGUGCCAAUAUCAAUCAAACUUCCGAGACCACGCAUAGUGUCUUCACGCCCAAGACAAGUCCACGGCCACUCAAUAUGUAUUAUAAUGUGCGCCUCAAUAAUCCCAUGCAGCAGCAUCGGGCACUGCAGCAGCAGCCCUUGCUGCAGCAGCCAUCAUUGAAUUUUGUGCCCAUACCACGUUAUGCCUUGGCGCAACAGCCAAAGGCAGCUGCUCAGAAGCAACAGCAACAGCUGCAGCCCAUUGUGCCGGCCUUUCGCACCACGAGCCUGACCGUUGGCCUGACCUACGAUGUCUAUGUGAGCUUUGUGGAGAACGGUCCGCAUUUGUUUUGGGUGCAGCUGAAGAGCGCCACGCGAGAUCUGAAUGCCAUGAUGAGCCAGAUUGAGCAUAUGCGUCUGCAGCCGCUCAAUCAGUAUCCGGGCGUUGGCACGGCGUGCGUGGCGCGCUUUUCCGAGGAUGGCAAUUGUUAUCGCGCCUUAGUCAGUGCCGUCUACGGCCAGAGAUUCCGUGUUGUCUAUGUGGACUACGGCAACUCGGAGAUGGUGGCCCUCACAGAUCUCUAUCAGAUACCGCAGGAGCUACUGCUGAUCAAACCGUUCGCCUUUCGCUUUGCUCUCGCUGGCGCCAAAGAGUUGGGCGCCCUCGACGAGAGCAUGAAGCGUAUAUUCAAGAACUCGGCUUUGUAUAUCAAUUUCCAAUUGACUGUGCAGGCCGCUGAGAGCGUGGGCUCCAUGCAGACCUGCCAGCUGAUGCAUAAUAACAACAGCAUGCUGGAGGUGCUUAAGAAGCUAAAGAAUUCUCGUCAGGCCUACGCCAAGGCGGAGCAGCUGCAGAACGACGACGCUGUUGAGAUACGUUACAUUGACUCGCCCAGCAAUUUCUAUGUGCAAAAGGUCAACAACAUUGAGCAGUUCGAAAAGCUAAUGGACGAAAUGUUCGCCUACUAUAAUGUCAAUCAAGUGGUGCCCGAGCAGCUGGUGCUGGGUGCCCCGUGCGUCGUUAAAUGCGACCGCGAAUGGUAUCGUGCGGAGCUGCUGCGCAUAGAUGACACCACAAUCAUUGUGCGCCAUGUGGACUUUGGCUACGAGCAGCAUGUGAAGCGGCAUUUGAUCGGCAACAUUGCCGAGAAGCAUCUGAUGAUGCCGCGGCAGGCGAUCAAGUGCUGUCUGAAGGGCUUCGAGAACAGUGAGCUGAGUCAGGACAAGAUUACCGAUCAAUUCGAAAUGCUUGCCGAGGAGUCGAAUAUCAGACGUCGCACGUUCACUGUGCGCGUGUUUCGCAUCGAACCCGACGGUCUCAAUGUUGUGAAUCUAAUGGCCAAAAACUUGAAUGUGAUGAAGAAGCUCUACAAGCUGUCCAUGCCCUUCGAGCAGUACCUAUCGCUGGAGAAGGGUCAAUUCAAUGCGAAUAUCACGCGGGCCGAAUCAACAGUAUCGGAUGCAAUGCCUCAGCAGCUGGAGAAGGGUCAGGUGCUCAAUUCGACUACUGUGGAGAGCGAGGAUCGCAUGCAGCUGCAGAGGCAAAAGAAGAGCAAUAACAAUUCAACUGCGAGUGCCAAUUCCAAUGUGAAUGCCAAUGUCAGUGCCAAUAGCAAUGCUAAUAGCAAUGCCAAUACCAAUAGUAAUGCUAAUGCCAAUGCUAAUGAGUGGGAUAAGCACAGCUCGGCCUCGACCAGCUCCAAGGAUACUCAAUCGCCGCAGGGCAACAGCAAACGUCAGUCGCAACAGGCACGUAAUGGCCCGGACUCCAGUUUGGUGCGCCGCAAUCGUGAGGUACGCAUCGACAAUAGCUUCGAGAGCCGCAGCACCAGCAGCUACACCAGCGGCAUGAGCUCGCCACGCAAAGCCAAUCGUCAGAAUGGACGUAAUCGCCUGGACUCACCUCGGCUGCAAAACGGCAAACAGGAGGCGAACAAAAAUACUCGCUUUAGCAACAGUCCCUCGUCACGCAAGGAACUGCUGCAGCAUUCUCAGCGCAACGCUCCCAAUCAGCGUUCGUUGAACGCUCCGCAAGGAUUUGCCCAGAAGCCACAGCGUCAGAAAUCUACGCUCGAUGGUACAUCGAGCAGCUCGAAGCGUUCCAGCGGCGUUGAAAGCGAUGCCAAUUCCAAUGCUGAGGCAACGGCAACGGCCACGCCCAAAGCCCAGCCACAGCCACAGCCGCAACCGGAGAAAUAUGUGCCACUGGAUAAGGCCUACGUACUGCAGGACAUAAAAACGCCCAGCAUGGAGGCAGCUAGUCUGUCCUGGUGGGUGUCGCCAUUCCAAUUCUACGUCGUGCCAAAGUCGCUAGCGACCAAAUACGAGAGUCUUCUGCGCGAGUUGCGUCAGUUCUAUCGUCAGAAGCCGCAUCAACCGCUCCAGCUGAAGGUGGGCUCCAGUGUGGUGGUGCGCCAGCGUAAAGAUAAUGCCAUACUGCGAGGCACAGUGGUGGCAUGCAACCACAUGUUGCGCAAGUAUCGCAUCUUCUGCGUGGACGCUGGCAACUUGCUGACCGUCACCUCGGAGGAUGUCUGGCAGCUGGAGCAGCGCUUUGCCGAUGUGCCCUGCCUGGCGCAACGCUGCAGCUUCGAUAAGGUCGUUACGAACUACGAUCACUUGUAUAUUGUGGAUCGCAUGGAGAAAUUUGUGCCGGCUAAUGCUAAAGUUGAGUGUGAAUUCAAAUCGAAACAGCCCUCGCAACAGCAGCAUCAGAACAACAAUAACAACAGCUGGAGCACUUAUAUAGUGAAGAUGCUUGUGAAUGGUGCCUCGCUGCGCGACACACUGAUCAAUGCUCAGUUCCUGACUGAGGUGGCGGAAUCUGUUCGCGUUGGUCUUCUGGCUGGUCAGCAGGUGCGCGGCAAGUUCACCUCCAUUCGCGACAUGACAAACUUUAAGAUCCAGCUCGAGAGCUGCAUUGAUGUGAACUUCUUGUGCAGCUACGAUGAUACCAAGUUCGUCAAGUCCAACAAAGACUUGGCUAAGCCCUUCAAGGAGUACUACGAGGGCAAAUCGUUUGCUCUAAAUAUCAAGCAUGUCUGUGAGAACAAUAUUAUACACUUGCGUCCAGUUAUGCCGCUCUUCAAGGAGGAGCGCAGCGCUUACAUUUGCGGUUAUCCAGUUUUGGUCAACAGCUUCCAAGCGCUGGUCGUCUAUACAGCCAAAUCGUAUCGCGUUUUCGUGCAGCCCAGCGAUAUUGAGCCAGCCAUGAAGCAGCUGCUCGAUGAUAUGUAUGCCUUCUAUGCCAAGAAAGGCAAACAGCUGCGUAAAUUCGAAAAGGAUCAGAUUUGUGCUGCCCUUAGCAGCGACGGCAAUUGGUAUCGAGCACGCAUUUUGGCCAAGGAUGCCAAGAGCUCGCGCUUGGAUGUGCUGUACAUUGACUAUGGCAAUACGGAGCAGCUCGCUCGUGAGCAGCUCAAGCAGCUGGAUGAGAAAUUCUAUGUGAAUAAAAGCUGCUUCGCAGUUGAGAUUAAUUUACCGUUUGGCCGCAUUAACAAUGAUGAGAAGCUCAAAGGGCGGCUGGCCAAGCUGCUGGAGGAGCAGGUGGUCACAGUGAAGCCCAUUGAGACGCGACGCAAUCACCUCAUUGCUGACGUUUUGUUGCCCAACGGCAAAGAGAGCGUCCUGGACACUCUGAAGGCAGAGAAACUAAUUGCGGGCAGAGACAUUGAUUAUAUGCGCAAGCAGCUGGACAAGGAGAAGCCGUACAUAUACGAGUACAUUGAAUGCGUCGAUCUAACCACCGAUGAUGACGAAGAGCUGCAGCAGCGCAAGAGCAAAUCGAAUUCGACGAACAGCUCGCCGAAGCCCAAGAAGCCGCAGCAGGAGCCGAAGGAGCCAAAGGAAACAAAGCAGCGUACCAAACAUGUGGAGCAGACACCAUCGCCAACUCCAGUGUCAGCACCUGCUCCAGCAGCACCUGCUCCCAAGGCUGAAGUGAAGCCUGUCGAGCCGGCACCCGUUGUAGCCGCUGUUCCAGAACCCGUGGAUGUCGUGGAGCCGCCGCCGCCGCCACCAACAGCUACGGUCAGCGAAGAAAUUCCACCUGCAGUUUCUCCUCCGCCUCCUGUUGCUGAGGCAGUUACACCCACACCCGAUCCCUACAAGGACAUGGAAAAAGCUGUGCUGAGCCACUGCGACAAUCCUGCACAUUUCUAUGUGCAUCCACUGGAUGCGGUGCCAAAGCUGAAGCGUCUAACAGAGAAUCUGCAAAUCGUGUCGCCAUCGCUGCCGCAACUCGUGGAGAUUGUGAAUGGAGCCGACUGCAUAUCGAUGUAUUCCAUGGACAAGUCCUGGUACCGCGCCAAGAUACUCGACGCUGAGCUGAUGGUGCUGCAGUUCAUUGACUUCGGCAACACCGACUGUGUCUCGGAUGCCAAAGAGAUUAAGCAGAGCAUGUGCUCGCAGAUGGAGCCCUUCUGUCUGCCCUUCGCCCUGCCCAUCGCACCCAAGGGCAAGCUGGAGUGGGCCGAUGCUGCUAAUGGUAUAUUCAACGAUUCGUACGAGAAGAUUCUGCACUACGAGUACUUGACACGCGGCGACUACCAGACGCGCAGCUACGUCAACCUGUACAUCGAUGGCGUCGACGUGGCCAAGAAACUGAUCGCCGAUGGCUUUGCCAAGCCCCUGGACUAUGUCACCAGCGGCAGCAGCUGCUACAUCUCACACGCCAACAGCAUCGCCGACUUCUACAUUCAGCUGGAGAGCGACUCCAAGGCCCUGGAGCUAAUCGAACUCUAUUUGGGCAAUGCAGAGCAGCAGCUGGAGCCGUUGCAGCGUUUCGAAAAGGGCAGCAUCGUGGCAGCUCUCUUCGAUGACGAUGGACUCUUCUAUCGCGCCGAGCUGCUGCGUCAGUUGCCCGAUGCCCGCUACGAGGUGCGUUUCAUUGACUACGGCAACACCUCGUCCACGGCCAAGUGCCUGUUGCUGUCGGAGGAAAUAGCGAAUGUGCCGAGCCUAUCGAAACGCUGCGCUCUGCAGCUGCCAGAGGAUUACGUGGGCUGGUCUCAGGAAGCGGAAGCCAAAUUCGCCGAGCUGACGGGUGAGGGUGAGCUGGUCUUCACCACACAGCUGCUGCAGCCGGGACUGGAGCAUAUUGUUGUAAACCUGCUUCUCGAUGAGGAUAAUGUACUGGACCAAUUGCUGCCACUCUGCACACGCAAGCAGCCCAAGCCACUGGAGGAGCCACAGGUGGAGGCGAAUACCGAGUCGGAUGCUGGAGUAGAAAGCAUGAUGGCUCUAGUGACGCAUGUGAGCAGCCCCACUAGCUUCUAUCUGCAGUUCGAGUCGAACAACGCGCUGGUGGACAACAUCUGCGAGCAGCUGAAUGGGGAGAGCGCCAAUCUGCAGCCCAAGCAAGAGAUCGCCCAACUGGGUGAGCUGUGCGUGGCGCAGUUUGCCGACGACAAGGAGUUCUAUCGCGCACGCAUCCUGGAACAACUGCCGGCCAAGCAGUCGCUGCAGUAUCGUGUGCUCUUCAUCGACUAUGGCAACCAGGCGUUGGUCGAGAAGCUCUUCGAGCUGCCAGCGGAGCUGGUCCAGGUGAAACCUCUGGCAGAACUGCACUCGCUGGAGUCGUGCCCAAACUUUAUCAAAUAUCCCAAGGAAUCGCGUGAGGCGCUGGACGCGCUCAUCGACAGCUGCAACGGCGAGGUGGCCGUGGAGUUUGUCAACAAGACGGCGCAGCCGCCAGUGGUGCGCCUGAAGACCAUGGACAAGCACGCGCUCAACAUCUACGAGCAGCUGCAGAAGCUGCUGGAGGCCGAGCUGCAGAAGCCACAGGCCCAGGCCAACAACAAGGAGUGCAUCAUCUCGCAUGGCAGCUCCCCCAAGAGUUUCUAUGUGCAGCUCAAGAAGAAUUCCGCCGUGUUGGAUCUGAUUGUGAAGACACUGCAGGGCCUAUCCAAAGAACAACUGACGCCCUUAGCCAAUCCCGUUGUGCAGAUGAAUGGCGUGUGCUUCUCCCAGGAGGACGACUGUUAUUACCGCUGUUGCAUCAAGCAGGUGCUGGAGGCGGACAAGGGGUACGAGGUGUUCCUCAUGGACUACGGCAGCAGUCUGACUACCACGCAGGUGUUUGCCUUGCCCCAGGUGAUUAGUGAAAUUCCGCCGCUGGCGCUUCACUGCCGGUUGAGUGAGCUGCCCGAGGAUGUGCCGGAGGCGAAGCUGGAGGAAGCAUUCACAGCGCUGCUCGAGCAGCAUUUCGGCGAGGUCUACGAGCUGGUCAACGAGCCCGUGGAGGAUGACGCAAAGACGCAGCAAUCGGUGCAGCUGCGCAUCAACUAUAAGGACUUUGCCCAGGAGCUGGCCAGCACAGUGGCUGGUGUGCAGCAACCCCUGGAAGUGGAGCUGCACAAUUGCAUUGUGGUGCAGUACGACAAUGCCAAAUCGUUCUAUGUGCAAAUGGAACAGGAUGUGCCGGCGCUCGAGCAGAUGACCGAUAAAAUGCUCGAUGCCGAGCAGAACUUUGAAGUCUUUACGGACCUGCAGGUGGGCGCAUUGUGUGUGGCCAAAUUCCCCGAGGACGAGGUCUUCUAUCGCGCCGAGAUAGUCAAGCUGCUGGACGAUGGCAAGUGCGAGGUGCACUUCAUUGACUUUGGCAACAAUGCCGUCUCCGACCAGUUCCGCCAGCUGCCUGCCGAGCUGGCCCAGGUGCCGCGCUACAGCAAGCACUGCGAGCUGGAGAGUGCCACCAUGGCCAAGUGUGAUGUGGCCGCCUUGGGGGCAUUCAUCGAUACGCGUUUCUCCGAAAUAUUCCAGCUAGAGAUACUGGCCAAGAAGGAUGAGCGUGAGACGCUCGUCGUCCGUCUCUUCUACCAGAACACAAACAUAAGCGAGCAGCUGCGUCUGCAACAGAAGCCAUAACAACAACAACUACAACAACAACAACAUGAACGAAAUCCUGCAGAGGACGAAGCCGUCAGUGAAGUCCAUUGAGAGGCAUACGAUAUAUAGUGGAGUUGCUAAGAGCACUCUCACACAUACACAACUACACUCUUUACACACACACACAGACUCAAGCAUAUUUGCAAUAUGAAUGCAAAAGAUUGUGAUUAGUUUUUGGCUAAAAUGAAAAAACAUCCGUUGUAUUACCAUAAUUUAGUUGGAACAAGUUUAACUUAUUCAAGCUCAUGAAUUUUUUGUUUUUUGAGUGCUAUACGCAUAUAG